GUGCUCUUGCGCGUCCAGUGAUUUGGUGUCAGUGCCGUUCUCGUGCGCUCAGGAGUUAGACAGAGACACAGCAUCACACAAAAAAACAGACGAAUUUACUCCGGAAGACCAACACCGCUCUUUAAUUAGUGCCUUGAGUGCUAAUGAGGUUAUUAACGCAGCAUCUAAACUUGUUAUUAAAAUAGUGCCGUUUCGUGACACUGAUUUGCGCAACUGUUUCCCUCACCUGGCGCCAGAUUUGCUGGGGAAUAAAAGAUGAUUCUCGACGUACCUCUAUACCUAUGAAAUGAUUUGGAUUGCGCCUCGCGUUUUUGGAGGAAAGCAGCACUGAACGCAGUACGACGUUUUCUGGACAACUUUGGUGCCAGUGGACACGGGCAGUCGCGAAAGUCUUUUACUGCCUCAAGAUUGUUGGCUCUAAGCAGGAUGGACCUCAUCGGGCUCUACUUGUUCCAGCUGGCAAUUUUUGGGGUUCCGCGGCUGGUGUUCGGGGGCCGGUGGGACUGUCUGACUGCGGGAGAUUCGUGCUCUAGUGACGAGGCGUGCAGCCCGCGCUUGAGAACGCUGCGGCAGUGCGUCGCGGGAGGCGGGAGCGUGAAGCUGGGUCCGGGAGCGCGCAACCACUGCGAGAACGCAGUGACGGCCCUGCUGUCCAGCCCUCUGCACCUGUGCCAGUGCAAACGGGGUAUGAAGAGAGAGAAGAACUGUCUUAGCAUCUACUGGAGCCUCAAGCAGUCCGUACUGCACGGGCUGAGCUUGGUGGAGAAUUACCCAUAUGAGCCUGUUGAGCGUGGCUUUGAUUAUGUUCGCCUGGCCUCCAUCGCUGCAGAGUCUGAGGUGGGCAUGACAACUGUGAACCGUUGUUUGGACGCCGCCAAGGCCUGUAACGUUGACGAGACGUGUCAGAAGCUUCGAACGGAGUACGUUUCGGGGUGCAUCGCCCCGUCAGCGCUAGCCGGGCCCUGUAACCGUGCGCGCUGCAGCAAAGCACUGAGAAAGUUCUUCGACCGCGUGCCGCCCGACUACACACAUGAGCUACUCUUCUGUCCGUGCACCGACACUGCAUGCGCAGAGCGUAGACGCCAGACCAUUGUGCCCGCGUGCUCUUAUGAAGAAAGGGAAAAACCCAAUUGCCUGGUCCAGCUUCGAGUUUGUGAGGCCGACUAUGUGUGCAAGUCUCGCUGGGCACAGUUCCAGCACGACUGCCAACCCUCCGAGCUUACUGCCAGCGGCUGCCAGCAAGAAAAUUACGGAGCCUGCCUUAUUGCAUACACCGGUCUGAUAGGUAGCGUUAUCACUCCAAACUACCUAGAUAACUCAACAUCCAAUGUGGGACCGUGGUGCUCCUGUGCGGCUAGUGGGAAUUUCCGAGAUCAGUGCAACCACUUCCUCAGCCAUUUUCAUGACAACAAUUGCUUGAAGAACGCCAUUCUGGCUUUCGGGAAUGACACAGACCUGAAAUCUGCGACCAACCAAGCUCCAGGCUCCAAUACUAAUCUUUACAACCAGGUCUUAGUUACCAGCACCGAGACGACCACUACCACCAUUGGUUCUGCCAUGGAGACCGAGCAGAACAUUCUGCGUCCACAGAUGCCCACACAGAUGAAUGAGAGAGACAGACUGUGGGGCGACUCCACGCUCCCGCCCCCUGAUCUCUAUGACUCCAGUCCUGCUGCAGCCCACCUGGCCAUGCUCAUGUGGCUCCUCCCCUUUCUGCUGCUGGCUCUCCAACUUUAAAGUCAAGCAACCAAUCAAAGCACCACAGAACCGGGACAGCGUGCGUGUGUUCAUGAGUUUUAACUUCCACAUCACAGCAACACGUUCAGAGAGGACAGCAAAACUCUUUAAAUAUAUGAAACCCUGCUCCAUUCCUCAACGCAAUUUAGUGAUUCAUUGUUUGGAUGUGCACAUUGACUGAUUUCAAGGGUUUAAAUAAUUGUGUGUGUGUGUGUGUGUGUAUCUCUCAUAUUUUGGACUGAAGAUUGUGCCCGUGUAAGAUAAACCCCCCUCUCUCUUCAAAGCGAGCGAAAAAAAAUGAAAAAAACAUCAACUACCUGUUCAUCAUCCAUAUUUUAAUAUCUAUUUUUCCCAGCUCUUUCGAAUGGAUGGUGUUGGUACGUGUGCUGUAUAUUCACCCGGAUAGAAGUGUGUUUUGUGAUGUUUGCUUGAAGCACAGGAACAAGUGGUAAGAGAGAGGAAACUGAUGUAACGGACUAAAAGUGUCUAUGAUGAGCUCUUUCACGGGCUUCAGAGGGUUACAGAGACGUCUUUAUUUUUGUAAUGUGGCUGUAUUGUUCAGAUGUACAUCCCACAGGCUGUUUCAUCCCAGCAGUCCUCGAGUGCACGUUUGCUAAGAAAAUGGCACAGAUAUGAAGAGCAGCAGAGGUUAAAGAACCUUGAUGAAGGCCACGAUCAUUGAGCAGUUCUUGUACACUUCACCUGUUAAUAUGGGUGUUUGAAAUACUGCACCAAACUGCUUAUUGCAAAUGGAAGAAAAAAAGAAGCACAAAACACCCUGUUAAACAAAGCACUUUCUGUUCAUGUGAAUUCAAGCAGCUUAAUCAUAUUUCCUAACUCACUGUUUGUCUCAGCCAAUCAAAACGAGCACAAGGGUCCGUCAAUUGUCUCCGAUGCCUGACGACAGUUUUCUGCGUCCCCAUCCCUUGACCACUCGACAUCUGCAGUUGUGUUGCUUUUUUUAUUCUCGAUUGUUCUGUGAUGACGAACAAGGUGAGUGAAAAGUAAAUGCUUUGACCCUCAACAACCUUCAGAGACUAUUGACAACCAGCGACCGGCAUCACAAAACGGGGAAAAACAUUCCUGUCUAAUGGGUUGAAUUUGUGGAUUUUACUUGUUAUUACCUGAAAAAUAAAGCUGCCAGAUACAGA